AUGGAUCUGAUUCCUGGCCACAAUAUCUAUAUUGGAGGCAUUUUCUCACUCAAGAACAAAGCCGCUUUGAGUAGAGCAAACAUUACACACAUUCUUUCAGUGUUACGGCUAAACCAAGAGGAUGAUACUUUUGCACCUUUCCAACAUCAUAAGAUUGAAGUGGAUGAUGUCGACGAUGAGAAUCUGCUGGAACAUUUUCCAUCUGCCGUAAGGUUCAUCCAGUCGGGCCUGGAUGCUGGCGGAAGCGUGCUUGUCCAUUGUGCAAUGGGGAAGUCCCGCUCUGCAACCGUCUGCAUUGCCUAUAUGCUCCACCGACAACCCAAUGUAUUAACACCGCAGUCGGCCCUUGCGGUAAUUCGCGAGAGCCGACCCCUCUGCGAACCAAACGAUGGGUUCAUGGAACAGCUUUCUGUUUACCAUCAGAUGGGAUGCCCUGAUGAUGUCACCGGUCAUCCUUUCUACAAUCGUUGGCUUUACCGUCGCGAAGUUGAGGAGAGCGUAGCAUGUGGACGGGCACCUGAAAUGAAAUCCGUACUUUUCGAAGAUGAACAGCCUCAUAAGCCUCCAGAGCCUAGCGACAGAACAACAGAGAUUAAAUGUCGGAAGUGUCGACGAACACUCGCGACAACACCCUUUAUUAUCCCGCAUGUUCCGCAGAAAGGCGCGAAAGGACCAACCGACUGUGCCCAUAUCUUUCUGCACCCGCUGACAUGGAUGCGCCCGUGUCUCUUUCCUAACAGUACCCCUGACUCUUCGGAGUCCUCGUAUGCGUCCCCCACUGAUGACGCACCAUUGUCUGGGCGCUUGACAUGCCCAAACUCCUCGUGUGGGUUCAACAUCGGGAAGUUUGCGUGGCAGGGCAUGCAAUGUAGCUGCAGCGAAUGGAUGGUCCCUGCCCUCGGCCUCGCUAGAGCUAGAGUCGACAUCUUUGAUCGAGUCAACACUGGAAAUGGACCCGGACGAUUGCCACCAGCCGCACUGGGGAUUCGGUUGCCUCCUGGCAUGAGGCCCAAUAGCGUCGAUGAACCGACCAUUGGAAGGGGAAGCCUGUGA